UCUUUUGCCCAUUUGAUUCUUCUACGAUUUAAUCCGCAGAAACAAAUAAUAAAGGUCAUAAUAAGCCAGUACAUAUGUCAGUGACUUGAAGAGUUCUCCUUUUUCCUGAACCCCUGGUCUAUUCGAAAUGAAGAGAAACGGCGCAUACAAAUUUUUGUCAGUUUUCUCCUGCUUCAUCGUUUGCCUAUUCUUGUUUUUGUUUUGGUUCUUUGUGUUUUAUUCAAUGGUGCUUGCACCAUAAAAGAUAGACGCUGCUCUUGUCAGGAGCUAAGCGGCUAAAAGUGACGGGCUAAUUACCCAUAGUGCACCGCUUUAUUGACAAACCCCUAAAUCACGUGACAGCGUCACCAGGAAGUCACUGUUGAGUUUGUAGAAUUUUGCUGUGGAGCUCAUUAGUGAAGUUGUGAUGGCAUCUGACAUCAGUGAAGCAGCGUCAUCGGCUCCAGACCAGAAGCUACAGUUUGCACCGUUCAGCAGUGCUCUGGAGGCCGGCUUCUGGCAUCAGCUCACUCAGAGGAAGCUCAAUGACUACAGACUGGAUGAAAGCCCUAAAUGUAUUAAAGGAUAUUACUAUAAUGGAGACCCAGUCGGUUUACCCACUCGUCUGACCCUGGAGUUCAGUGCAUUUGAUGUUGAUGGUCCAACACCGGCUCGUUGCUGUCCAGCUCUUGGAACGCUGUAUAACACCAACACACUUGAUGCCUUUAAGACUGCUGACAAGAAGGCUCUGUUGGAGAAGGAAGCCAAAGAGAUAUGGGAUGCCAUACAGUCUGGGGCUGCACUGAAGGACCCAUCUGUGCUCUGCAGAUUCAUUCUGCUGACCUUUGCUGACUUGAAGAAGUACCAUUUCUACUACUGGUUCUGCUUCCCUGCGCUUUGUUUCCCGGAGGGCAUCAAGAUUGUUCGACAGCCGUCUGUCCUCGAGCAAGUUUUCUCAGAAAAACAGAUCGCUGCCCUGCAGGAGGCCUAUGAUGGCCUGUGCAUCAAAAGCGGGACCACUGCAGUUCCUUACUUCCUAAUAAAAUACUCAGAGGACUCUGUUCAUAUGGCUCCACUCAGUGAUUGGGAGAUGUUUUUCACCGACACAAAGAAGGUGACUGUGGGUGUCUACGAUCCCUGUCCUCUGUCUCAACAUCCAGGAUGGCCUCUUAGAAACCUCUUGUUGCUCUUGGCGAACCAGUGGGGCUCUCAGCUGGAUGCAGUGGAAGUGCUCUGUUUUAGGGACAGAACUCUGCAGGGAAGCCGUGCCAUUCAGCACAGCGUCAUCUUCCAGGUCAAACUACCUGAACUUCCCAACAACUCAGUGUGCCCUAAAAGUGUAGGUUGGGAAAAGAACCCAAAGGGGGCCAUGGGACCCAGAAUGGUCAACCUGAGUGAAUGCAUGGACCCUAAAAGGCUUGCAGAGUCAUCAGUGGACCUGAAUCUGAAGCUGAUGAGAUGGAGGCUUGUUCCCUCGUUGGACCUGGACAAAGUGAUCAACACCAAGUGUCUUCUUCUGGGUGCCGGGACGCUGGGCUGUAAUGUGGCCCGGACUCUCAUGGGAUGGGGAGUGAGACGCAUCACAUUUGUAGACAAUGCAAAGAUCUCAUAUUCCAAUCCAGUUCGGCAGCCACUCUAUGAGUUUGAAGACUGCCUUGGAGGAGGGAAAUCUAAAGCCAUGGCAGCUGUUGACCGUCUUACCAAAAUCUUUCCUGGCGUGAAUGCGGAAGGCUACAACAUGAGCAUCCCAAUGCCCGGCCACCCUGUAAACUUCUCUCAGGCUACUCUUUCUCAGGCCCAGAGGGAUGUGGAGCAGCUGGAAAAGCUCAUUUCUGAGAACGACGUCGUAUUUUUGCUGAUGGACACAAGGGAGAGCCGCUGGUUGCCUACGGUGAUAGCUGCCAGCAAAAGGAAGCUUGUGGUGAAUGCUGCUCUCGGCUUUGACACAUUUGUUGUGAUGCGCCACGGCCUUAAGAAACCUGCAGUCAGUCAGAGCGUUUCCGCGGGGACAGACUCCUCCACUUCCUGCUCCUCCUCUUCCUCUCCAUCCUCCACACCGGCCGGAUCUGCUCCCAGUCCAGGGUCCUCCCUGUUCUCCAACAUCCCAGGGCACAAGCUGGGCUGCUAUUUCUGCAACGAUGUCGUUGCCCCGGGUGAUUCUACAAGGGACCGAACCCUGGAUCAGCAGUGCACAGUCAGCAGACCAGGCCUCGCCAUGAUCGCUGGAGCUCUGGCUGUGGAGAUGAUGGUGUCCAUACUGCAGCACACUGAGGGAGGUUAUGCAGUGGCCAGCAGCAGUGAUGACAGAAUGAAUGAACCUCCCACAUCGCUGGGUCUCGUUCCACAUCAGAUCCGAGGCUUCCUGUCCAGGUUCGACAAUGUCUUGCCUGCCAGCCUGGCCUUCGAUAAAUGCACUGCCUGCUCACCCAUUGUCUUGGACAACUAUGAGAAGGAAGGUUUCAACUUUCUGUCCAAGGUUUUCAAUUCCUCACACUCAUUUCUGGAAGACUUGACAGGACUGACUCUGUUGCACCAGGAGACACAAGCUGCAGAGAUUUGGGACAUGAGUGACGACGAGAGCAUCUGAGCACCUGAGGGUCUGGAGAGACUCCCCGCUGCACUCUACCUUCCUUCUUCCCUUACGACUCUCACAUUUAUAAAAGGCAAAGCACUUCAUGUUACACAGGAUGGACCAACAAAACAUGAACAAUAACAGUAAAAUAAUCAUAACAAAAUAGAUGUUUGAAGCAGGAGCAGAGUUGGCACUAUUAUGUGUAUUAUGUGUAACACCUGCAUUUCAUGGUGAAUGUAUCUCUUCCUGUCACCUACUGAUGUGUAUUUCUGCAUUUUAUUCACUACGAAGAAAAACAAAAGGUCUUUCUAAACGAUAAGUUUUGAUCCUUCCAUCCAAGAGUCCUUUAAACAGAUGCCCCCUACAUCUGUUUGUUCAUUCAGUUUGUGAUGGACCUUCAGGUAAACUGUGAAAUACACAGUUGUCCGCUCAGAAAACCCAUCCAUCAUGUCGUCUGUUUAACCGGAGUGUGAUGUAUAUACAGUUGAUAGUAAAAGCAGCUGUGGCGUUAUUCCUGGGAGGAAGUCUGCACACACGGACGCUGCUGCGUGGUGUAAUGGUGGACAGUUGGAGCAGGAACCCGUCCAAAACAGAACCAGUGAGUGGUUUCUGCUGAUGCAUGCAGGUCCUGGUGCAAACUUCCUUCUUUCUUUGUCUUAUAAUAAAGUACACGUUAAAAGUGAAGCCAUACUAGGUUUAAGCGAUUAAUGACUUCCUGGAUUUUGAGAAUUGCUUUUGUUGAACAAACUCUGAUUUACUUCUGCAUUUGAACCAAAACUGCAAUAAAAUAUCCCUUUGCUAUCCAUUGUUA